CGCAUCGCGCGCGGAGUGCCAAUGUGGGUGUUUCAUGACGCGCGCGUCAUUUACAGGUGUCCAUUAAAUACCGCGCGCAUCACGACCUCGAGGAAUGACGCGGAACUCGAAACGCUUUCUGUUUAUCCAGGUAAACAUUAGUGAAGACACGAAAGAACACACUCCUCUACCAACAAGUCUGCUGUUAACAUUCUGUGCCACUGACAACUGCCGCAACUUUAUUUGGAUUGAGUCACGUCCAGUCCAUUGAAACGGUGUCACGCGUCUGAAAAUGAACUCAUCAUGACUGGAAGACGCUUAUCAUCGUGACUGCCGAUGUCCUCUGGAGAUCUGAAGAGCCCUGAUCUGCUCAGCGGAGGAUCACAACACAGGAGGAGACCCAGGCACUGUGAGACUUUAGCAUUCCCUCAUUGCACCAGCUGUCAGCAAAAGAGCAUCUGCAGAUAUUCAUUUCUUCUUGUAAAAGAGGCCCUGGCAGACCGUCGGAAAGUGGCUCUUCAGUUUCCCUUUUGCAAUAUAUCGGAAAUCUUGCAUUUUCAUGAAACACAAUUCAAACUGACUUCUGGUUAACUUUGAGAAAAUGAGCUCAGCAAACACUUGGAUAGACUCUUAAUGGUUUUAAACUCCAGGAUUUGUAGAAAUAUGGUAGCUAUGAGACUUGGUGAGUGAACUCCACAACAUAAUCAGACUUUAAAUCCUCCCACUGGAUCCUGGAGGGCCAAACCUCAUCAAGGUGAUAAUCAUGGUGAUGUCGCAGGGCACCUAUACGUUUCUGGCGUGCUUUGCCGGCUUCUGGCUGAUCUGGGCUCUCAUUGUCAUGCUUUGCUGCUUUUGCAGCUUCGCCCAGCGCAAGCUGAAGCGCCGACGUGAAGAGAGGCUGAGGGAACAGUGCCUGCGGGCGCUGGAGAUGGAGCCUCUGGAGUGCACUGGAGGGGGAUAUCCUCCCAGGGAGCCCCCUCAGUUCUGCCCACCCAUUCAAAUGAUGUCUCCACAGCUGCCUGUAACACACACUCUCCCUCAGGCAAACUGGACUGUCCCUGAAGCAGAAACAGAUGUCUUUGGAAAACCUCCCUGCUACGAAGAGGCCGUAUUGAUGGAGGAUCCACCGCCCCCUUACAGUGAGGUUCUGGCGGACCCCAGGGGAGGAACUUACACCAAACCUUCAUCCAGGUCCUCCAGGGAGCACCAGGAGUCCGAGACCAGCAAGAUGGCCCCCGUGACCGUGUUUCCAGAACGUGGCUACUCCUCCCUAAUACGCCUACCUUCGGCCAGACGCUGGGACUCACUGGGGCACCUCCUGUCCACCAUGGACCUUAACCACAACAACCUGCCUGUCGAGCCUCAGGCCUCUGCCAUCGCCACAAUGCCUCGUGAGGGCCGGACUCACACAGACUUGGGCUUGCGGGGACUCCGUGGUCUGGAUCAACACUAUGGUUUGCCCACAGCCUUUCCCCUUUUGGGUCGAAGCACAGCGGUAUGAGGCCACAAAAAUAGACCUCCGGACCACUUUCUGAGAUGAACACUCACAAUGCUGAGUCAUAUGUGGUCUGAAGAGUCUGCCAGAGGCAUUUCGAACUCUGUCUUUUGGGGGCCGCAUCAGUUCAGGAUGAUUCAGCUUUGUUCAGGGGUUCAUUUGCAGAUCCAUCAUACUCACUUCUCUCUCGUCCUCCUCCUUGCUCUCCGUGGCAUCUCCACCUGAUGCAGAGCAGCAGCUAUUAUGUGAAUGCUGUUGCCAUGGCUCCCGGGAGCUGUCUGCAGCCCACCAACACCUCGCCCCUCACAUCAUCUCUUCUUCCUUUCUCAUCUGCGGCUCACUGAUAUAAUACAAAUGACAUUUCAAACCCUGUCUUUGUGACAUGGGGUAAAAUACAGUAAAGUGCGACAUGGUGAAAUGACAGUGGUAGGUCCGUACUGUAGCUACACAAUGCUGCUCAGCUGUACAAAAAUGUUUCAUAAACUGGGAAACAAUACCUGGCAUCUCUUUCUGGAUUUUCUGCCAGUUCUUUUCUCGAGAAGGAGCCUGAACUUUGGGGGUGGAUGGAAAAGCUUCAAAGUAA